AUGGCAGUAUCUCCCACCAAUUGUUUUGGUCCAAGGGCAGAAACGAGCAUCCUGGAAACCAAUCAGUACUUGCACUCUGAACUGGAAAAAUGCCAACAGAACUUCCAAGACCUCAAAGAGAAAUUCCUGACAUCCAAAGCUACUGUUUAUUCCCUGGCCAACCAGCUGCAGAAAUACAUUAAGUCUCAUAGGUGCAUGGUCACCAAAUCGAUAAAAUCAUCCAUUUUUCCUCUGUGUAAUGAAACACUCAUCUGGGAAUAUGUUCUGGCUGAGUUGCUGAUACCAACUGCAAGGUUUAAAAUACAUGAUCCCUUAAUCCAGGCUCAGGCUGAGGAACUAACCCACUUAUGGCAGAAGGUACAGGAAGGGAGUGGUGUCUGCCACCUUUUCACCCAGCAUGUGAAGAACACAGUUAAGUCUUUUGAGGGCCUCCUCAGAAACACUGGCAUUGCCUAUGACCAGAGACAGAGAUUCUGUGAGCAAAUGUUAGAAGGAAGCCAGCCGACAGAGAUCCUUGCCUGAAACCUCACAACAGGUAAGCUAGCUACAGGCUCUGAAGACCCUUAGCUCCACCCAAGUCCCCCAAAGUGGGGAGAAAAAAUACAAAGUUAUCUCCAUUGUAGAUUUUAUUUGGGUUUGAACUACGGUCCUAAAUCCACAUUCUAUUGUUUUCUCUUUAGAGCACUCAGGUAAUGACUUUCACUAUUCUUUCAAGAGUUCUUAGCUUUGUUGUUUGAGACAGAGUCUUGCUCUCUUACCCAAGCUGGAGUGGAGGGACAGGAUCUUGGCUCUGCAAUCUCUGCCUCCUGGGCUUAAGCAAUCCUCUCACCUCA